AUGGCAGCUCCUACCACGCGACGAACACGCUUCGUCUGCAUCUCCGAUACUCACAAUGCCGCGCCCGGUGGGCCCUUCAAACUUCCGAAAGGAGAUGUCUUGAUUCAUGCCGGAGAUAUGACGAAUCAAGGCUCUUUUAAAGAAUUACAAAGAGCUGUCAAUUGGAUCGAGGAGGCAGACUUCGAGUGUAAACUCAUUAUUGCCGGCAACCACGACAUUACCCUCGAUUCGGACUUCUAUAGUCAGUAUGGACAAUACUUUCACAAUCAAGACCUGCAGGACCCCGAGAAGUGUCAAGAGUUAUUCACAAACUCGUCAUCCAUAACAUGGUUAAGACACGAAGCCGCUGUUGUUAGACUGACCUCUCCGGAUGGGCCUCGUACUACCUUCAGAAUAUUCGGAUCCCCUUUAUCACCAACGAAUGGAAUGUGGGCUUUUGGAUAUGGCUUGGAGGAGGCGCACAAUAUCUGGGACCGAAUACCUCUCGAUUCUGACAUUGUUCUAACGCAUACCCCUGCCAAGUACCAUCGCGAUGAGACCAGCACGAGGCGAGCAGCUGGCUGCGAAGCAUUACGAACCGCUCUCUGGAGAAUUAGACCUCGUCUUGCUAUCUGUGGUCAUGUUCACGAGGGAAGAGGCGUAGAACGCGUACUCUGGGAUUUAGACAAUCCCAAUAUCAAGUUCAAGGAAGCUAGUGCUGAACCCUGGGUCGAUCCGGGACUUGGUAAUAAAAAAAUGUCCUUGGUUGAUCUGUCCGUCAGAGGUGGAUCCCCACUGAAAAACGACGGUUCUAUCGGAACGUGGCGACUGGAGCGAGAUGAAGAUGGUUCUCAACGACCGUCUUUCGUGCCAUAUCAUCCUACAAUGCCUAUGGCUGACGCGUCAACACCUAAAUCGAGAAAGCGUACUGCAUCAAGAAGUCCGCACCGUCAAAACGUGGUUGAGCGAGCACUGUCUUGUGUAGCUACGGGCCUACUAGCAGUUCCUCCGGAGGCUCUACCCCUAGCUACACUUGGACAGGGCGGUCUACCUCCUUCGAAACGCUGCGAUUUAGAAGCGUUGUCUGGAAGAAUAGGACGACGCGAAACAUGCAUCAUCAAUGCUGCCAUUAUGGCGUCUUCUUACCCUCAUGGAGUGGGUGGAAAGAAGUACAACAAGCCUAUUGUGGUUGACAUAGACUUGCCUGUCUGGGACGAAUAA